AUGAAGGUCGCGAUUGGAAGAGAAUUCCCAGAGUCUCGCCAUCGUUACUGCAUGUGGCAUAUAAUGACAAAGGUCGGCGAUAAAGUGAGUACUGAGUUGGCGAGGAAUGAAGAGUUUCGACAAGAGCUAAAUGUUGUUGUUUGGAACGAUAGAUCGACGUCUGAAUAUUUUGAGGCUGCAUGGAAAGGAGUUAUUGAAAGAUAUGGGCUACUUGAAAAUGCAUGGUUGAAACACCCUCCUUUCAAGACCCAACUGCGUAUUGAGCGAGCGAAAGCAUCAGUGUAUACGUUAACCGUGUUUUAUGAGGUCCAAGAGGAGAUAUGUGCCAGAUGUUUUCAAUGCCGAGUGCGAUCAGUCACCCAUGGUGAGACCGGGAAUACAUAUGUGGUCGAGGAUGCACACGAGAAGCAAUACAUGGUGUUUGUUGAAAAUGGGACAAAGACGAUGACCUGCACAUGCCGAAUGUACACAAGGAUUGGUCUGUUGUGCAGCCAUGCUUUUGCAGCACUGAUAUACGAAAGGAUCGAGCACAUACCUCCACAACAUAUCACUCCCAGGUGGACAAGAACUGCAAUAUCGAAUUUGACACCCGAAGUGUGUAAUGAUAGACCGGAGCGAGACAAAACUAUGACACUGGGCAAUAAAGAAGAAAAUACUGUAAUUAACACGUUUUAUAUGUGUUUAGGCCUGGCUCAAGGGAAUGUUUUGAAGUUGGAACAAAUCGGUAAUGUGCUCGAGGAGAUUGAGGCAACAUGGUGCGAGAGCGGAGAAGAUCGAGUGGCUGAAGAUAAAGGGAAACGAGUGAUUAUGGAGAUGUAUUGUGGCGUUCCGGCACCUGAGUUAGUCAUUGUGCACCCACCCGUAAUGUCAACUACCAAAGGCUCGGGCAAAUGA